CAGCAUUCCAAGGUCAUCUCUAGGCUAGAUAAAUAGUGAUCUUUAUUGAAACCAAAGCAGAAACCAAGAUGAAAGAGAUGAUGGGUGUAGUUGGAAUCAUUCUGGUUGUGUCUUCUUGUUGCUUGUCUUUGCUGGAUGCCCAAGAGAUUACUCAUCCCACUGAUGUUAGUGCUCUGCAGUAUGUUCACCGCAAACUAAAGGACCCUCUGAAUCAUCUUCAAGACUGGAAAAAGACGGAUCCAUGCGCCUCUAACUGGACCGGUGUCAUCUGCAUCCCUGAUCCUUCUGAUGGCUUUCUUCAUGUUAAAGAAUUGCGGUUGCUAAACAUGAACCUCACUGGACAACUGGCACCUGAACUCGGCUUACUAUCAAAUCUUACCAUAUUGAACUUCAUGUGGAACGAUCUCACCGGUCAGAUUCCACCAGAACUAGGAAACUUAACUCAUCUCAUCUUCUUGCUAUUAAGUGGAAAUCAACUGACAGGAUCUUUGCCUCAAGAACUCGGUUCUCUUUCCAAUCUCUUAAUCCUUCAGAUAGAUUACAAUGAAAUUAGCGGAAAACUUCCAACGUCCUUGGCAAAUUUGAAAAAACUGAAGCAUUUUCACAUGAACAAUAACUCAAUCACGGGUCAGAUUCCGCCCGAGUACUCUACCUUAACCAAUGUUCUGCACUUCUUGAUGGACAAUAACAAGCUAACUGGUAAUCUUCCACCGGAGCUCGCUCAGAUGCCAAGCUUGAGAAUUCUACAAUUGGACGGUAGCAACUUUGAUGGCACAGAGAUCCCAUCUUCUUACGGAUCGAUACCAAAUCUCGUCAAAUUGAGUCUCAGAAACUGCAACCUAGAAGGACCAAUUCCUGAUUUGAGCAAAUCACUGGUUCUCUAUUACUUAGAUAUUUCCUCCAACAAACUCACAGGAGAAAUUCCCAAGAACAAGUUCUCUGCAAACAUCACAACUAUAAACUUGUACAACAAUUUGCUCAGCGGAUCCAUUCCUUCUAAUUUUUCAGGCCUUCCACGGUUACAGAGACUGCAAGUGCAGAACAACAACUUGAGUGGGGAGAUUCCUGUGAUAUGGGAAAAUAGGAUCUUGAAGGCAGAGGAAAAACUUAUCUUGGACUUGAGGAACAACAUGUUUUCAAAUGUGUCAAGUGUUCUUCUAAACCCUCCCUCCAAUGUCACAGUCAAGCUUUACGGAAACCCGGUUUGUGCAAAUGUUAAUGCGGGAAAGUUAGCUGAUCUCUGUGGUAUCUCAACGUUAGAAGUGGAAUCUCCCGCAACUUCUUCGGAAACCAUCUCGACGGGAGACUGCAAACGUCAGUCGUGCCCCGUAAGCGAAAACUAUGACUACGUGAUUGGGUCUCCAGUUGCAUGUUUCUGCGCUGCACCACUUGGCAUUGAUCUUCGGCUUAGGAGUCCAAGUUUCUCGGACUUUCGACCUUACAAAGUCUCCUACAUGCUCGAUGUAGCAUCCCCGAAAAAUCUCGGGAUAAACCCGUAUCAGAUAUCUAUUGAUACAUUUGCAUGGCAGUCGGGUCCAAGGCUAUUCAUGAACAUGAAGAUUUUCCCUGAGUACAGUGAAUUAAACAGUAAAUUCAACAGCACAGAGGUUCAACGUAUUGUGGACUUCUUUGCAACUUUCACUCUGAAUACUGAUGAUUCUCUUGGCCCUUAUGAGAUUAUUAGUAUCAACACUGGUGCUUACAAAGACGGUAAUACACAUAUCUUCUACUCAUCUUUGUGCAUCAAAAGAGUAUUUAUUUAUGUUACUCCUGUAUAUGAAGUUACUAUCAUAUUCCCGAAAAAGUCGGGGAUGAGCAUAGGCGUCUCGGUUGGAAUCAUUAUAGGAGCCAUUGCUUUCUUCCUUGUAUUGUCCUCUCUAGCAUUGGUCUUCUUCAUCAAGAGAAGCAAACGAAAGAGAAAAACUAGGGAAGUCGACAUGGAACAAGAACACCCACUUCCAAAACCUCCAAUGAACAUGGAGAGCGUGAAGGGUUACAAUUUCACGGAACUUGAUUCAGCAACAAGCAGUUUCAGUGAUCUCUCUCAGAUUGGUAGAGGUGGCUAUGGGAAGGUCUACAAAGGCCAUUUACCAGGUGGUCUGGUUGUAGCUGUCAAACGUGCAGAGCAAGGGUCUCUGCAGGGCCAAAAAGAGUUCUUCACCGAGAUCGAGUUGCUUUCCCGGCUACAUCACCGUAACCUUGUUUCUUUGCUUGGCUACUGUGAUCAGAAAGGAGAACAGAUGUUGGUAUAUGAGUACAUGCCCAACGGUUCUCUUCAGGACGCACUCUCUGCGAGGUUUAGACAACCACUGAGUUUGGCGCUGAGACUGAGAAUAGCGCUCGGGUCUGCGAGAGGGAUUCUGUAUCUGCACACAGAAGCUGAUCCACCAAUCAUCCAUCGAGACAUCAAACCAAGCAACAUUCUUCUAGACAGCAAGAUGAACCCUAAAGUUGCAGACUUUGGGAUCUCAAAGCUCAUAGCACUAGAUGGUGGAGGAGUGCAAAGGGAUCACGUAACUACCAUCGUCAAAGGCACUCCUGGAUAUGUGGAUCCAGAGUAUUACUUGAGCCACAGGCUAACAGAAAAGAGUGACGUAUACAGCCUCGGCAUUGUCUUUCUCGAAAUUCUCACAGGAAUGCGCCCAAUCUCGCACGGAAGAAACAUCGUGCGGGAGGUGAAUGAAGCAUGCGAUGCUGGGAUGAUGAUGUCAGUGAUAGACAGGAGCAUGGGGCAGUACUCUGAGGAAUGCGUCAAGAGAUUCAUGGAACUAGCCAUCAGAUGUUGUCAGGACAACCCAGAAGCGCGUCCGUGGAUGCUGGAAAUAGUGAGGGAGCUGGAGAAUAUCUAUGGGCUGAUUCCAAAGGAAGAGAAGCCAUAUUCAAGCCCUUCAGUCCAAUCAUCUGCUUCAGGAAUGUCAGGCUUCGCUGUUGCUUCUCCAAGAAGCAGUUAUACUACCUUCUCUGAAUUCACAGCUAACCAACUCGUCAGCGGAGUCAUUCCCUCCAUCGCACCGCGCUAAUGAUCAUAUUGUUAAAUAUGUGCAGUUUAUUUUGGAACUCUUUAGUAAACAGAACCGUAGAAGAAGUUUAUGCCUUUUUCUUAUGGGUGCCAAUGAGGCAUCUCUGUUUAUAAUAAUAAUGGUGGGUUUGGUUUCACACGUUAAACAAGACAUCAAAAGGAACCCGAUGAACUUAGUUGAUUUGGCUUUUCUAUA